AGGUUUAUUUCAACAACACAUUGCCGGCUAUCUGACAAAAAUGAAUCGAAAAAGGAAAACAUGUCUUUUGUAAUGAACACUUUCCGGGGACAGCUUCAACCUGCUCAAAUGUUCCCGUAUCCAGAAGUAUUAGAUGCUGAACAGCAUGAAACGCUUUCUUCUUUGAUAGACCAACCAAAAUUUUUUGAGGAGGUCAAUAAUCCAGCUAAAAAUGAUGAAACUUCAAGUAUUGAUGAAGAGACAAUGAAUGGCUUGUGGGAAUUGGGCGCUUUUGGUCUCCAAGUACCAACUGAAUAUGGUGGUCUUGGGCUUAGCAACACACAAUAUGCUAGAAUGACUGAAAUUAUAGGUUCAAAUGACUUGGGUUUGGGAAUCACCUUAGGUGCACAUCAAAGUAUAGGUUUUAAGGGCAUUUUGCUGUAUGGAACACCUGAACAAAAGAAAAAGUACUUGCCCUUGGUUUCAACUGGCCAUAAUGUGGCUGCAUUUUGUUUAACUGAACCUUCAUCAGGAUCUGAUGCUAAUUCUAUUAGAUCUAGAGCUGUUAAAUCUGAAGAUGGCAAACAUUAUAUUUUAAAUGGCUCUAAAAUUUGGAUCAGUAAUGGAGGAAUUGCAGAAAUUAUGACAGUGUUUGCUCAGACUCCUCAACCAGAUCCGAAAACUGGUGGAAUGAAGGAUAAGGUUACUGCAUUCAUUGUGGAACGCAAAUUCGGCGGCGUAACCUCCGGUCCUCCAGAGAAAAAAAUGGGCAUUAAGUGUUCUAACACAACUGAAGUAUACUAUGAAGAUGUUAAGAUACCAAUUGAGAAUAUCUUAGGUGUUGAAGGCGAGGGCUUCAAAGUGGCCAUGAAUAUUUUGAAUAAUGGAAGGUUUGGAAUGGCAGCUGCACUCAGUGGAACCAUGAGGUCCUGUAUUAAAAAAGCAACAGAUCAUGCUACAACUAGAACACAGUUUGGUAAUUUGAUUGAAACAUAUGGUACUAUACAAGAAAAAUUGGCUAGAAUGUGCAUGGUUCAUUAUGUGACUGAAUCAAUGGCUUAUAUGAUUUCGGGAUUGAUGGACAAAAAAAGUGAAGAUUAUCAUUUAGAAGCUGCUAUUUCUAAGUGUUUUGCAUCAGAAGCAGCUUGGUAUGUGUGUGAUGAAGCCAUACAGAUUCUUGGCGGUAUGGGAUUCAUGAAAGACGCUGGAUUAGAACGCGUACUGCGAGAUUUGAGGAUUUUUAGAAUCUUUGAAGGAACGAACGAUAUUCUUCGGUUAUUUGUUGCUUUAACAGGAAUUCAGUAUGCUGGUGCACAUUUGAAAGAAUUACAAAAAGCAUUUAAAAACCCUGCAGCAAAUUUGGGUAUGAUUUUCGAUGAAGUUUCAAAACGUGCAUUCCGUAGCAUAGGCAUUGGUGGAGCACCGAACAUGGCUCAUUUAGUCCAUCCUAAUUUAGGAGAAUCGUCACAACUAGCUGCCAAGGGUAUAGCUUUAUUUGGCCAGACUGUGGAAACACUUCUGAUGAAGUACGGAAAGGACAUCGUACAUGAACAAUUUAUACUUAAUAGAAUAGCACAAGCAACAUUCGACAACUUUUCAAUGGCUGUGGUACUAUCUCGUGCAUCGAAGUCGUUAAAGGAAAAUUCGCCUACUGCCAAACAUGAAGAACUCAUGGCAAAAGCAUGGUGUUUUGAGGCUUCAGAACGCCUAGAGGCAAAUUUAAAACAUGUAGUAAGCGGUAAGCAUUUAGAUUUAUAUACCAAAUUAGCUACAAUAGGCAAAAAUUCAUGCGCUGCCAAUGGAGUUCCGCAAAAUAAUCCAUUAAAUUUGUAAUAAAUAUUAAGUAUGUGUAACUAAGCUUAAGUUCAUUUAAUUUAUUUUAUUGAUAAAUACUUUAAUUUAACAGAAUGUAAAUAUUUCAUUUUAUGUAAAUAAUUAGGGGGUAUUUGUUAUCAAGAUACGUGCGCCAAAUAAGCCUUGUACAUACAGAUUAUUUUCAAUUUUGAUAAUAAGUAAUACAAUGCGCAUUGUUACAUUUUGUAAUCUGAAAUAUUGUCAAUGGACCUGAUAUAUUUAAAUAUAAAAUGAAAAAAAU